AUGUCUAUGAUUAUUCAGCCAUUGGCUAAUUUACUGCAAAAGUUCGAUGAUAUGAAUUUACACUAUUAUUCCACACCAUAUGAAGAAUUAAAAGCCAUGAGCACUUUUGAGCGUAUUCAAUUAUACAAUUGGACAUUUGAAAUGGGUAUUGCUUGCCUAUUAAUGUUUAUCUAUUUCAUCCAUUGGGGUGGUAACAGAAUUAAUGUCACUAGAGCUAAUCGAUUAUUUAAUUCUCUACAAGACUUUUUUUCCAAAGAUUUACAAUUCUCAAAGGUAGGUUUUAUUGAAAAUGAAAAACCAAAAUCUUACCAUUCCGAAAACCAAAAUACUUGGUUUACUACAUUUGCCACCGGUAGAUCUACUAUCGAGAGUGUUACUGUCAAGGCUCAUAUGUAUGCUAGAAGUAAUCCUGUUUCUUUAAUCAUGGAAUCUAUUUUGGGCUGGUUUUUCUCUAGUUUAGUUGUUAAAGAUUUAGAUGAAUUUGUUGAAAUAGUUAUUAAACCAAAUGGUAUUUAUGUUGCUAAUGAAAAUUCUACCAUUAAUAAUAGUUCUAAAGACAUUUUAAAGAAUUAUAAGUUUGUGACAUCUGUGGUAAAUAAGACCUAUAUGAAUACUUCUCGUCGUGAUUAUUAUUUCUUAUCAUGUACUCAUGUUACUGAUAAUGAAAUAUUACCAGUUGAUUAUGUAUUUAUGUCCGAUGUUAAUCAAUUAAAUAGUUUUAUCCCAACUUAUUCCAAAAAAUCGUUUAUUACUGAAACUUUGACCAAUGCAGUCGAUCUUUUACAAUUCGUUAGUUUUACUGAUUUGCCUACUGGCCAUCCAAAUUCUGAUAAAAAAUUUACUGCAGACUCUAUAUCUCGUGCUAUUAUUCGUACCAAUAUUCCCAAAUCUAAAAAGGAUGUCGAAACUUUACAACAAGUUAUUUCUGCAGUGAUCGAGAUUUAUGAUAAUUGUACUAGAGAAUUAACUCAAAACGGUUCAUCUGCUUUGAUUACACCUGAAAUUUUAAAGAAGACCAACAAUUUCCGUAGUCAAGAAUUAGCUAAAAUAGUCAAAGAGAUGAAGAAAAUUGAAAUGGAAGAUUUGAAAGAAAAAAAGUUAGAAGCAGAAAGAGAAUUAAGACGUGCCAAUAAAGAUUCUGAAGCUUUUGCCAAACAAGAUCAAAAAAUGAAGGAAAAGAGGGAAAGACGUAUGAGAAACAAACAAAAGGUUAGAAUGGGUUAA